CCCCUUAGCAACAGAGGCAACAUGGCGGCGUCCAGCACCGCGGAGCAUUCUCCAGAGAUAUCGACGCCGUUAAAGAUCCCCAAAACCGAGGUGCCGUCCCCCGAGUCGGAGGACCUGAGCGACAGCAACCAGUACCAGUCCAACCCCUCCACCCCCAACCGCUUCUCGCCUCUGAACGUGGGCUCCGGGAGCACCGCGGGCCGGACGGCGGCCUCGUCCUCCUCCAACAGCUUCACGGCUUGCCGGGGGAUGUCGUGGACGCCAUCCGAGACCAACGCGCUCAUCGCGGUGUGGGGCAACGAGCGGCUGACGGAGGCGCGGAUGCAGCAGCUGGAGGUGGCGGGCACCGUGUUCUCCGGGAAGGCCCCCGGGCCGGCCAUGUACGAGCGGGUCUCCAGGGCGCUGUCGGAGCUGGGCUACGAGAGGACCCCGUCCCAGUGCCGGGAGAGGAUGAAGACGCUGCGGCGCUGCUACAGCCGUGUGAAGGAGCACGGCAUCGGCAAGAGGAAGAGCAGCUACACCAUCGAGCAGCUGGAGAAGGUGUUCGGUCAGGGAGGCUGGGACUCCCAGAGCUGUGCCCCGGUGCUGAUCAACAGCAGCGGCCUCUACCAGGAGAUGGAGUCUGACGGCAGCACGCUGGAGGACUUCUCCCAGGAGGACUGGUGCAACCAGGUGCUGGACUCGGCCUUCCAGGAGGGAGACAUGGAGACUGAAGAAAUCCAGGUGCCUAAAAACAGAGCUCUGCAGAUUCAGAUCGAGCUGACAGAACAAAUACAUAAAAGGGACACGAUGCAGACUGUGAUGCGUAUCCUGGAGUCGGUGCAGCUGAAAUGGGAACACUUCCAGACGUGGACCGAGUUCUCCCGCCUGCACCUCUCCAACAAACUGGCCAUCUUCGGCGUGGGCUACAACACGCGCUGGUGCGAGGACGUGCGCUACCACUACGCCGAAAUCAGCUCGCAGGUCCCGCUGGGCAAGAGGCUCCGCGAGUACUUCAACCCGGAGAAACCGGAGGGCCGCAUCAUCAUGACCAAAGUCCAGAAGAUGAACUGGAAGAACGUCUACUACAAGUUCCUGGACAUCACCAUCAGCGAGGCGCGCUGCUUGGAGCUGCACAUGGAGGUGGACUGGAUCCCCGUGACCCAGUCCAGAGCUGCAGGCUGCAGCAAAGGCACAUCCCACUACCUCCUCCCCGGGGACCUCCCCAAGGCCUACGGACUCUACGCCAUCGGCUUCGAGGCCGUCUCGUCCUUUAACGACGCCGCGGUCGCCCCGGGCGACGGCGAAGACCACAGCUUACCUCAGUGCGAGCCGGAGAACGGAGCGCACAGUAUGGCCGACGGAGAAGCUGCAGAGAAAUGUGACAGGACCGGGGCUAAAGUCACGUACUGCUACCUCGGCAUAGCGGAGGACAGGACCAUACAGCAGAGUCUCUUCCAGCAUUUCCAGGGUUACGGGAAACACUUUGUCCAUGGCGAGCCCUCGGCCGUCACGCGGUUCCUGCAGGAGCACUGCCGCGGCGCCGUCACGCAUCAGAACGGCGAGGGAGGCGAAGACCCCUCGCAACAUUUUGCCAUUUACAUAAAAUUCAUAGAGGUGGAGCUGGACUUCCUGUCAGCGGGCUCCCUGGUGGAGUGCCUGGAAACUGCCGUGGGUUAUUCUUUGAGAUACAACAACAAAGAAACGUCCUAACUACAGACUACAUGCUAACUAAAGGUACAGGUGUGUCUCAAUAAAUUAGAAUAUCAUAGAAAAGUUUAUUUAUGUCAGUCAUUAAAUUCAAAAAAGUGGAAAUAACACAUUAUAUAGAUCCAUUACACACAGAAUGAAGCAUUUAAUGUCUAAAUUUAAUUAAUUUCUUCUAAUUAUAAUGA